GUUCGGAUUUGAUCGGGCUUUAUUUCGGAUUUCUCGACCGGGAUCUCCCCGCUCAAGCGAGACCCUGGUUACAUGUCCUAUGCUACAACCAGUAGGGACUGCUCAAUGCAGGACAAGAUGGCUUCAAAAUUUAAGACCUAAUUUUGGUUUUUUGAAUCGUUAUCAUUCCACCUCCAAAAAACCUGUAUAGCCUUUUGAGUCAUUUCGAUUGAUCAGUAACUCAAGUGUCUCCUCUUUCAGCGUCCACGACGAGCUCUGACCAUGUCAGAGGCUUCAGCAAGUAGACCACCUAUUCAUUCAAGCCCAAUAAAUGUGACUUUUCUUGGAACUGCUUCCGCAAUGCCUUCUUCAACACGCAAUCAUUCCGCGCUGGCUGUUCGCCUAGGGAGUGAUGUUUGGUUGUUUGAUUGCGGCGAGGCUACGCAGCAUCAAGUUCAGAAGAGUAACGUCAAAAUGGGUAAGAUUGAAAAGGUGUUUAUAACUCAUACCCAUGGCGACCAUAUCUUCGGCUUGAUACCCUUACUGGCCGGCUGUUUGAAUGGAGCUGGAGGUACUGCAGAUGGGAUUGAAGAUCCCAGGAAGGAAGUCAACGUGAAUGAACCACCUUUCGAGAUUUACGGUCCUCUUGGCACUCGGGCAUAUGUCAGAAGUGCGCUGACAUACACUCAUACCAUGCUUUCGCGUCCGUACGUGGUACAUGAAUUGCGCUUCCCUUCCGAUCCUCAAAAUGGCGACUACACCAAUUUAUGGCGCCUCCGAUCAGAAUCUCCUACCGGAAGAAAUAUUCCGCAGGUCGAUGGCGUGUGGUCAGACGUAUACAAAGACAACAUUCUCUCGGUAUCUGCGGCUCCCAUUUAUCAUUCCGUUCCAUGUAUCGGUUAUACUAUAACUGAAUCUCCAGUCCCUGGCAAGAUCGACCCCAAAAAAUAUAUUCCAGAUAUCAAGCGUACAAACACGCCCAUGAGCGUCAUGCGCCUUCUGCAAGCUGGUGAAUCUGUCAGGUUAUCCGAUGGAACCGUACUUCAAGGCCCAACGCCCAGGAACGGGCGCAAACUCGUAAUACUAGGGGAUACCCAUGACCCGUCACCUAUGAUACCCAUAGCACAAGAUGCUGAUUUGCUUAUCCACGAGGCCACGAACGCCCAUCUUCCCGGUAUCGUGCCAAAUACAAGAGACGACGAUACAUUUGAAAGUAUUCAGCGAACGGCAAUGGAACGAGGCCACUCCACGCCACAGAUGGCUGGAGCUUUUGCGAAACGAAUAGGCGCAGCUUCUCUGAUCCUGAAUCAUUUUUCCGCUCGAUAUCCAGGGAACGACAAUGUAGACCCAGAAGCCAAAAUAAUCAUGGACGCUAUAGGGAACCUGGCGGCAAUGGUGUACGGAAAGCCAGUUACUUGUGCAAGGGAUUUGAUGAGUAUUGACAUCGGUUUUCGAGCGAUGGAGUAGAGACCUGGUAGAGACUACACAAAGUCAUAAUUUCUGGCUAGCAACUAAAGAACAUGUCAACUGUACAUGUGGAAUGCAAGAGUAUGACAC